GCAUGCCUAUCUUCUUCCUUGAACAGUUCUUACCAUUGCUUCUAUGAAGAAAAUUACCAUUUCCUUCACUUCAAGGCCAUCACUUAUUUCUCUUCUUUGCUUCAGCUUCUUGUUCAAUUCCUGGAAUUGUAUGUGUACUAACGACUGUUCCAGUUCAUCCUUGGACCAAGUAAUUCUUGACUGCGGAUCUGCGAGAAACUCGUCAUUUAAUGGCAAAACUUGGGUUGGGGAUGUAAAUCUUUUCCCUGAUUAUUAUGAAGGAACAAUGAUUGGCCGUGUGAUCUCAAAUACAACCGGACAGGCUCCAGAGAGUCCAUACUCAACCGCACGCUUCGGUCGUUCUUCUUUCACCUAUAGUUUCCCUAUGUCCCCUGGACUCAAAUUUAUCCGUCUUCAUUUCUACCCUACUUCUUACACUGUCAUAGACCAAAUCUCCAAGGCCAACUUCUCUGUUACCUCUGGAAAUUACACUUUGUUAAACAAUUUUGGCCCUUUUGUUAUUGCAAGAACUUUGAAAUCACCUUAUUUCACUAAAGAUUACUUCCUUAACUUAAAGAAACACAUUCUGAAUAUCACCUUCGCUCCAUCACUAGAUGCUUCAGACGCUUUUGCCUUUGUAAAUGGGAUAGAGAUUUACUCAAUGUCCCUCAAACUCUCUGAUUAUGGAGUAAACAAAACUCCCAAUGCAACCUCCAGUCGAGAUGAACCUGCCCUUGAGAUACUUUACAGAAUCAACGUAGGUACCGAAAGUCUGAAAGGGCCCUUGUUCUGGAAUGGGCUAGAUGACCAGCUAUAUAUUCAGGGUUCUAGAAAUGGUACUACUAUUGUAGCAUAUGAUAAUCAUAUAAAUUACAAUAAAAGCUCUUGGACAGUAUGUGAAUAUGAAGCACCAGGGGAUCUGUACAGCACAGCCAGGACAAUCGGCGGCAGUGAUGAGACCGCCAAUGUGGGCUACAACCUGACAUGGACAUUUCCUGUUGAUUCAGGUUUCAAAUAUAUUGUCAGGCUUCAUUUCUGUGAGAUUCAACUAAACGUAAUGGAAGCGAAUCAGAGAGUGUUCAAGGUGUAUAUCAACAAUAAGACAGUGGAAAGCAGCCUGGAUAUAGUUGCUAUGGCUGGUGGUCCUUUGGUUGCAAUGCAUAAGGACUAUAUCAUCAUGGUUCCAGUUCCAGAAGCAAAAGAAAAAGGAAAUUAUCUGUGGCUUGCUUUGCAGCCUAACACUGAUUCAAAGCCAAAACUUGCUGACGUAAUACUGAAUGGAAUUGAGAUCAUGAAGUUGAGUGAUGCUAGGAACAAUCUUGCAGCGCAAGUUCAAUUGGAGAAUGGAGACAGAAGAAGCGCUAUUGGAUCAAAUAUCAUACUGGGAAUGGUUCUGAGCAUGAUUGUUGUAAUUUGUCCAGUCUCUUUGAUAGCCUGCUUUCGUUGGAUUUCACUACGUCACGAUGAAAGCCUUGGGAAAACAAGCAGCCUAAUUGGUAAAUCUUCAGAUCAUUGCCGUCAAUUUCCCUUGGAAGAGAUAAGAGCUGCCACUAACAAUUUCAGUGAAGCUCUUUUGCUUGGUUGUGGCGGGUUCGGUAAGGUUUACAAGGGUCUGCUGGAUGAUGGGAUUACCAAAGUGGCAGUUAAGCGCAAAAACCCUGAGUCCCACCAAGGAGUUCAAGAGUUCGAAACUGAAAUCGAAUUGCUCUCCACUUUUCGUCACGUGAACAUUGUCUCUUUGCUUGGAUAUUGUCAAGAGGACAAUGAGUUGAUUCUGAUAUAUGAUUACAUGGCUCGUGGCACUCUACGUGAUCAUCUCUACGAGACUCAAAAUCCACCACUUUCAUGGACUCAGCGGCUCAAGAUUUGCAUUGGUGCUGCGCGUGGAUUGCACUACCUCCACACGGGCACAGAAAAUUCCAUCAUUCACCGGGACAUCAAAUCAACAAACAUACUCCUGGAUCAAGAUUGGGUGGCGAAAGUCUCAGAUUUUGGGCUGUCAAAAGUAGGCAAGACCGCUGGAUCCUGUGGGAACCAUGUCAGCCCUGGACCAAAGGGUACUUUUGGAUAUUUGGACCCUGAAUAUGGCAGAGACAGAACUUUAACUCGCAAAUCAGAUGUUUACUCUUUUGGUGUGGUUUUAUUUGAAGUCUUAAGUGCAAGACCAGCUGUCAAUCGUGAACCAGACGAGGAUGAUCAGACCAAAGUGAGCUUGGCUAGAUGGGCUGUUCAUUGCUAUCGAAAUGAAACAGUUGAUCUCCUGAUUGAACCAUACCUGAGAGGAAAGAUCAUGUCCGAGUGCCUUUCCACAUUUGUGGAAAUUGCAGUGAGGUGCCUGGCUAGUAGGCAAAUAGAUCGUCCAUCAAUAGGUGAUGUGCUCGGUAAACUCGAACAAGCAUUGCUGUUGCAGGAGGAGGCUGGCAAUAAUGGUGCAAGUCAAAGAUGCGUGACAAACCAGUGAUAGCUGGA